CCCUUUCCUUCCUUGCUUCGUUCAUUUUACCUCUUCUUUGGGCACUCUCUUAUCCUUCUUGGUGCUCAUCUCUUCUUUGUGUGCAAAAUGAAGGCUUUGAUCCUUGUUGGAGGUUUCGGUACACGUCUGAGGCCCCUAACUCUGUCAUGGCCCAAACCCUUGGUAGAGUUUUGCAACAAGGCCAUCAUAUUGCAUCAGAUCGAAGCUCUGGUCAAGGCGGGUGUCAAGGAUAUCGUGCUGGCAGUCAAUUACCGACCCGAAAUCAUGGUCUCCGUACUGAAGAAGACUGAAGAAGAGCUGGGUAUCUCAAUCACGUUCUCUGUCGAGACAGAACCUUUAGGAACUGCUGGACCUCUAGCAUUAGCACGUGAAAUUCUUGGAAAAGACGAUUCACCCUUCUUCGUACUCAAUGCCGAUGUGACCUGCACAUACCCAUUCGAAGCGUUUAGGGAUUUCCACUUAGCGCAUGGUUGUGAAGGUUCCAUCAUGGUGACUAAAGUCGCUGAGCCUAGCAACUUCGGUGUGGUGGUGACCAAACCCAACUCCACUGUGAUCGAUCGAUUCGUUGAAAAACCCGUAGAGUUUGUGGGGAACAGAGUCAACGCAGGUAUAUACCUUUUCAACCCUUCGAUUCUUGAUCGUAUAGAGUUACGUCCCACUUCUAUCGAAAAAGAAAUCUUCCCUGCUAUCGCUGCCGACCACCAAUUGCAUUCCUUUGACAUGGCGGGUUUCUGGAUGGACGUCGGUCAACCCAAAGACUACCUCACGGGUACUUGCCUUUACCUCUCCCAUCUCACAAGUCAACACUCGCCCCUUUUGGCCGACCCAAAGCAACACAAAUGGGUGUAUGGAGGAAACGUUCUCGUCGAUCCUACGGCCGAAGUCGACCCUUCUUCUGUCAUCGGUCCCAACGUCGUUCUCGGUGCCGGAGUGAAGAUUGGUAAAGGCGUCAGGCUACAACGAUGUGUCGUCCUGUCCAACGCUGUUAUAAGGGAUCAUGCAUGGGUCGCUAACUCUAUCGUCGGCUGGAACUCGAACGUUGGUCGCUGGACUCGCGUGGAGAACAUCACAGUCCUGGGUGAUGAUGUGACCAUCAAAGAUGAGCUCUACGUUAACGGCGCUUCCGUGUUGCCGCACAAGAGUAUCUCUACCAGCAUCACCGAACCUCGGAUCGUCAUGUAGGACAAUUUGAAUACUCUACAAAUUCUCAACCUGGUCAAACAAGCUAUAAGCUACUCAUAUUCGGUAGCCUACCAAGAAACAUACUUUGGCCAUACAAUUUGCCUCAAUACCAUCGUCUGACAUGCAUCGGGUCAUAGAG